AUGAUCUUAUCCGUCUGCCACUCAAGAAUCUGGCUCGCUACUGGGUUUUCCUCUGACAUCUCGCUGCAUGUGUUGACCUCCAUUCGUGCUCGAUCAGCGCGUAAUUGGAGGCAUGGGCACUAUCCCCACCGCUCACGGCGUGUUGUGCAAAUCACGUCCGGCUUUGUACCAUGUAGUAACAAACCUCAACGAUUGCCCAGAUGAUGACUUAUCUCCUGAUGAACUGAACGUACUAUGGUAUAAAUAUGUAAAUGAGAAUGGGGCAAUCAGUCCCUUCGAUGAUGCCGAAUGCUCUCCGUCGCCUGGCUCUGACUCUGCAUCCUGCAGCGUCUCCUCCCCAUCCACCGAUGCAUCCUCCCCAUCCACAUACGCGUCCUCCUCGUUCAUCGAUACGUCUUCCCCGCCCCCCGACGCGUCGAGCGACAUCCGAGCUCCCAUCCCCAAGCCGCAAGAUGCCACCACCUUCGACUUCCAACCCGCACCCAUCAUGUACUCCGUAUCCACUGGAGAGCUGCUCGGCGUCCCCAAGCUCGCCGAUCCCACUCACAUCCCGCGCAUGAGACGCAUCUACACGGGCACUGGCAAGCCCGCCGCCUGCGCGUUCUGCCGCAAGCGCAAAAUCGCGUGCAGCCGCGCUUCCGCGGGCUCGGGCUCAGGCGACAGCUCGUGUUCGGCAUGCGAGCAGCGCGAGCAGACGUGCGUCAUGCCGGAACCGCGCCGCAAAAAGCUGCAAUUCCAGCAGGUCCACUGUGCGUGGGAUGAGUCCCGGCAUGCUGUGACCACACUUAAGGCUUCUUCGAAAUGA